AACCCGCCCGUCCUUGACGCCGAAUCCACCGCAAUUACCCGCCAUGGCGUCCAUACAGCAGCACGUACAACUGGCCAAGACGCUGCCGCCGCGUCUUAUGCGCUUUUUCCAGAGGUACCCGCCGCCGUCCCUCGUUCCGCCGACCGCGACCGCGACCGCGACCGCAAACACCACCACCGCCGACGCGGGGACGCCCACCACCAUCGUUUCCCCAGAGAAGACGUACCGCAACCCAUUCAAGCCGCACUUCAACACCAUCACUGGCCGGUGGCAGAGCCCUGCUUUUGGACUGCGGCGCCAAGCUGAGCUGUGCAAGCUCGCAUCAAAGCACGGCGUCGAAGAACUGUUGCCCUACUCGAUCAAGAAGUCCGGCGAGCGUGAGAAGCGCCGUGAGGAGAAGGGUCUGCGCGUCCGCGGUACGGGUGUUGGCCAGAAGGUCAAGGGUAAGGCGUGGGAGCGCCAGCUCAAGGGCAAGUUGGAGGAGAGGAGACAAGCCAUGUUGAACAUGCCCCAGAUGGUCCAGGAAUGGAAACAGCGUGGUCACGGUCGUGGAUGGAAGAAGUGGCCCAAAUAAAGGUCUGGGUGGGAUUGAUGCGGUCUCUGUCUCGAUUGACGGAGCCAUUGGUGCGGCAUUGGCUAUGUUUCUAGCUGGUGCAUAAGAGUCGGGAAUGGAAAGUGAGCCAUAGUGUCACGCCGUAUGGGAAAACAUGCAUUGGACGGAGCGGUAUUGCGCAAAAAGGUGUGCAAACUUGGUGGCGUUUAGAGGAAUGAAUGUACAGAACAUCAAUUGUAAGAUUCAAGACAGGAGAUAUCUUACAGUCAAGACUGGUUACGUCUUUUGAGCUGGUCAGCAAAUCCCGACCCUUGAAAAGAGGUCUACUGGUCAUCGAUGCAUGCGCGCUCAAAGAGCCAACGGUGCUGUUUGGAAAAAUAGUAUAGGUAUAGGU